AGUCAGUUACUGGUAGGUUGAUGGCACCUCAUUCCGAGAUUAAUAUGAACGGACGGGUAAGUGCCUACUUAGUGAGACAUUAGCCCUUAUCGACACCAACACCUAUAUUUUCUAGGUGCUUGACAAGACGAGGGUCGCACUCGUCUUUGCGAUUACAGCUUCAUAAUGUAUUAGUCUCGGUAUAGUCUCGGUAUCAUAUAUCUCGGGUCUACCUACGAUCUAACUUAGAAACUUCCACUCAACCAACUGCGGUUGAAUAAUCCGAUGGAAUCCAUUAACACUAUCCAUAUACCCAACUUAUUCUUAACGCGGAGACUUUUAGCAAGCCUUUAGCACAGAAGAAUCAUGAUGCUGUAAACGACGCACAAUAGCGCAGCCACUAAACUCGCUAGACGGCUCUCCUCCACACCACCAUCAUAUUCGCGUCACGCCCACCCCGAAAUCUACCUCAAGAGUCAACAAAGAUUCCGUCAAGUUAAACUUCAAUCAGUGGGUCAUUGGAGCGCUCUUCAUAUAACUAGAUGAACAUGUCCAAGUGUUAUCUUGUCCGAAAGGUUUACCUACCUACUAUUACUGCGGUGCAGGUUAGAACCAGGCAUAUUAUAUACAUCCUCAAGAGCUUGAGGAAACUUAGACAUCAAAUACCGGUAUUUGGCGUAAUUCUAAUCUCGAACAAUGCAUAAAACCCUCCUCGUCAUCGGCGUACUAGCCGCUUCCCCCGCAGUCCUAGCCGCCCGCCACCAUGAUUCCUCUUCGACCACCCGUGAUCACCUCCUCACAGCCCGACAGACGGUAACGAUCACCAGCACGGAAAACGGAAGCGGCACCACCACCGGCAGCAGCACUGAUACCGCGUCUGGCAGCUCGGCCUCUGCUACUAGCUCGUCGAUGUCUAUGAGUACUACAUCCGGAACCGAAUCGGGUUCAUCCACGUCCAUGUCUAUGUCUACUUCCACGAUGACUUCAUCCUCUCCAACCUCGUCAACGGGCUCCGCGUCAGGGACUUCAUCCGGAUCGUCGACUUCGGGCUCCAUGACAACUUCCAGCAUGUCCGGUGGUACUGGGGGCGCUACGGGAAGCACCGGCUCAAGCUCGAGCGGUACCCACAGCUCAACUCACUCCGGCUCCGGCUCUAGCGCGACAGUUAGCGAAUCCACGGGCACAGCCACGGCGACAGUCGCCGGGGCGGCUAGACCUACGAGAGCUGCGCCUGCUGCAGCAGCCGCUGCCGGGUUCAUUGCUGCUGUGAUGAUUUAAUGGGGUGGUAGAUAUAGUACCUACCUACCUAGUAGUUUCCUCGUAUUAAUAGGUAAAGGAAAAGGAAACGGGAAAAGGGAAACGAACAUCGGUAAUGAAUAUCCUAAUCACAUGUAUAUACGCAUCCACGUCAUGAUGUGGAAACUCACCAUCGCUAAAAGUUGUAAUGAGUAGUAGAUACAUAAUGGGGGCUAGCUUGGCGGUGCAGUAGGAUAGAUAAUCAUCUCGCGCGCGUCACGGAUGCGAAACCGUUC